CGCCGCCCGGGGCCCGGGGCAGCGGCGGCGGCGAUGCGCUCCGAGGAGGCGCACGGCAAACGCUACCUCCAGGGCGCGGGGCAGGGGAAGGCGCCCCCCAAGAUGAGCUCGUCCUCGCUGCUGGCCGAGCCCCCCCUGGAGCCCCCGGUGCUGCUGGCCGACAUCAAGACGGAGCCGCCCGAGGAGCUGCUGGCCACCGACUGCGGGCAGCCGCAGGCCGAGCCCGUCGACCUCUCCCUCAACAAGGCCAAGGCCCCGCCGCCGCCGCCGCCCGCCGCGCAGCCCCCGGCGCCGCCGCCCCCGCCGCCCCCCGUGCACUCGUCGCCCCUGCUGGUGGCGCCCCCCGUCCCCGCCGCGCCCACCGUCUCCAUCGCCUCCCCGGCGCUGGGCUCGGCCGCCUCGGCCAUCCCGGCCGUGCUGUCGCCCGGCUCCAUCCUGGCGUCGUCGCAGGGCAGCGGCGGGCAGCAGAUCCUGCACGUCAUCCACACCAUCCCCUCGGUCAACCUGCCCAGCAAGAUGGGCAACCUGCAGACCAUCCCCGUGGUGGUGCAGUCCCUGCCCGUCGUCUACACCACCAUGCCGGCCGACGGCGUCACCGCCAUCACCGUGCCGCUCAUCGGGGGCGACGGCAAGAACACCGGCUCCGUGAAAAUCGACCCGGGCGCCAUGUUCCCCAUGGACAUGCCGAGCGACAGCGAGGACAGCGCCUCGGAGAGCGGCCCCGCGCCCUUCCAGGACCUGCAGCGCGAGCCUGCCACCCCGCGCCUGCCCCGCGCCGAGUCCCCCGACCUGAAGAAGCGGCGGAUCCACCAGUGCGACUUCGAGGGCUGCAACAAGGUGUACACCAAGAGCUCCCACCUCAAAGCCCACCGGCGGAUACACACGGGCGAGAAGCCCUACAAGUGCACCUGGGAGGGCUGCACCUGGAAGUUCGCCCGCUCCGACGAGCUGACCCGGCACUUCCGCAAGCACACGGGCAUCAAGCCCUUCCGCUGCUCGGACUGCGACCGCAGCUUCUCCCGCUCCGACCACCUGGCCCUGCACCGCCGGCGGCACAUCAUGAUGUGAGGAGCGCGGCGACCGGAGGCACGGCAGCCUCGCACCCCGGGGACUGCAGGGAGCGAGCCCCAGCACCAGCGUGGGACGGCCUCCGGAGCAUCCUCCUCUUCCUCUGGGCCUCUCCUCCCCGCCGGCAGCACCUGGAGGCUCCUCCUGGGCUCCUCUCGGCUCUCAGCAGCCUCCUGCCCAUCCCUCUGCGCUCGCCUUCCCCGUGGGCAGCAGCGUGGGGACGUGGUGAGGACCGAGGCGGGGAGGCCUCCGUGCCUCCGCUCUGCCUCCUUCCACCUGGGAAAGCCGCCGAGCCUCCUUCCCCGCCUCGCCCAGAGCCCCCCCCCGUGUGUUGCCUCUUCCCGCGCCCCCCCUUGGCUCACGCCGGGCUCCCCAGGACUUGCUGGGGGCCGGGAAGAAAAGAAAAAGCAAGCGGGGGGUACAAAAGGCAAAAAAAAAAAAAGGAGAGAAAAAAAAAAGCCCCAUCCCACAACUGAGACCGCCACCGCUGAAAAAAGGGAAACUUUGCGGAACGUGGAACUGUGAUUUUUGGAGUUCUAAGGGGGGUGGGAGGGGGUGGGGUGCCGGCUUGCAGUUUUUGGAGACUAUGGGACAGUCCAACCGUUUCUAACUUAAAAAGGCAUCAGCCUCCCU